UUUUUAGAAGCUAAACCAGAGGAAGGAGGAGAGGAGAGUGGAAGUGCAGAGGAAACCACCCCGCCUCCUCCUGCUGCAGGAGCAACGACGCCACCAGCGGGAGGUGCUCCUCCUCCUCCCCCUGCUGCAGGGGCCCCCCCUCCACCAAAUCCCCUUGUUGACGGAGUUGUGAGUAUUUUCGCUUAUCCUUUCUUAGGUUUAAUUUCAUAGACUCUUAAUACAUAGAGGAGAUAUUUGUACCUCUCACAGUUAGUCAUUGGGAGGCCAAUUAUUAUCCUGAUCCAAGCACACUUCAGAUAACUUCUUGUGAGUUUUUAAGGGUAUGUUGUCUUUACUUUUUAAGACAAGGAUAGCAUUCACUUUAGUCACCCAAGGAUAAUAUCAUUUUCAUUCGCGCUGUUUUCAGUAUUAAGUUACUCGUUCUUUUCUGUCUCUACUACACUUUUUUUUUUAGAGGUUAAGUCGGCGGAAAAAGGGGCUGUCUUACAAUUAAUGUUUUUGUGUUUCUUCUUCUCUCUAAAGAAAGAAAAGAAAUGAAGUUUCUCAAUUCUAUUGUUGCCGAAAAGAUGAAUUACAUGCUGUUUCAAUUCGUAGAAUAAAGCCUGUGCUGACUUCCAAGCCUGUGCUGCACAAGGCGACCCCUCGGUGUGCCUCGGGCAGAUGGUAGCUGCUUUAACGGCGUUGAUGAGUGGAGGCGGAGCAGCCGGAGCAGGUGGAGCUCCUUGCCAAGGUGGAGCAGUUACACCAGUACCAGCACCCGCGCCGUGCCCUAUACCGGCACCUUUCCCUGCGCCUUAUCCGGCACCUUACCCUGCGCCUUAUCCGUCACCUUAUCCGGAGCAGGUCAUCGUGCAGCCGUCCUCAUGUGGCGGCACUUAUCCGUGCAAGGACAAACCAUCCAAGGGAAAGAAGAAACACGACAAGAAACACCAAGACAAGAAACAAAAUAAGGAGGAGGAGGAGCACGAGACACGCGGACUACGUUUUUAA